AUGUCGAGGAGCCCGGGCAUUGCUGGUCUACUACUCCCGGGUCUGCUCUUUGGCCUGCUUUUGUGCCCCAAAUUGGCCGAAACGGAAAAUAUUUUGGCCAUCUUCUCGUAUACGUUUGGAUCAUCAUAUUUGCUAAUCACUCCAUUUCUAAGGGGACUCGUUCAGCGAGGCCACCACCUGACUGUGAUAUCGGCCGUUUCCGAAAUGCCCCAUAUCGAGGGUGUCCAUCACAUUCGAGUACCCAAAUUGGAUGUGCUGAAAGGAGGGUAAUCGAUCUCAAAAUAUAUAAUAUAUAGAAAUACUUUUAAAAUAUUCCAUCAAUAACCUUAAUUAGAACUAAUGGACUACGACUACGACUCCGAUGUUACCAAAUGGAUGAAGGCUAAAUUCGUAUCGGAAUACUUUUAUAAUUGUUCCAAAAUUGUCUUAGAAGAUCCCGGAGUCCAGGACCUGCUACACAACAAUAGUGCCCAGUUUUCGAUGGUCAUUUUGGAGGCGUCACACACCGAUGCUCUUUACGGAUUUGCACAGCACUUUAAUGCACCACUGGUAGGGGUUGCCGCCUACGGUUCGGCGUGGAACAUUGAUUUCCUAGUUGGAAACUCAGCACCUAGUGUCUACGAACCCAUGUCCACUUUGGGUUAUUCACCGGGACUCAGUUUGAUGGAAAAGUGGCACAACCUGAUCUUUAUCACAGAGGAGCGUCUGGUGGAGCGAUUUAUCUAUCUGCCUAAACAAAUCGAUCUCUACAAGCGAUACUUUCCCGGAGUAUCGGCUAGUAUUCAUGACAUUCGAAGGAGAUUCUCACUGAUCCUGAUCAAUCAGCAUUUUAGCAUGGGUCGGGUGCGCAGUAAUGUACCCAAUAUAGUGGAAGUGGCGGGUUUGCACUUGCAUGAAACCCCUCAUCCUUUAGAUGCAGAACUUAAGAAGAUAUUGGAUGAAGCGGAACAUGGAGCCAUCUACUUUUCAAUGGGCCUGCAAGUCGUGGACAAGUGGAUGCCUCCGGGAAUGUUAGAUAAGAUGCUGGCUGCCUUUGCGCAGCUUAAACAAAAAGUGAUUUGGAAGAGUAACUCACCAGAGAUGGCCAACAAUUCAAAGAAUGUCUACGCAAGAUCAUGGCUUCCCCAACGAGAGAUCCUUAAUCAUCCGAACACUAAACUCUUUAUAACCCAUGCUGGCCUCUUAAGUCUCAUCGAAUCGAUGAACUAUGCAGUUCCCAUGCUUUGUUUUCCUUUAUAUUAUGACCAAUUUCAGAACUCCAAGCGAAUGGAGCAGAUGGGCAUGGCCAGGAGUUUAGAUGUAACGACUCUCUCUACAGAAGGAAUUUUCAAGGCCAUUGAAGAUCUCUUAUAUAAUGCUAGUUAUAGGCAAAAGGCUAGAGAUAUUUCCCAAAGAUUUCAUGAUCAGCCGAUGUCAGCCUUGGACACCGCUGUUUGGUGGACAGAAUAUAUCCUGCGGCACAAAGGUGCGGAUCAUAUGCGAAUCGCUGAGCAGGAAAUGUCUUUGAUGCAAUACUAUAACGUGGAUGUUGCCUCGGUUCUUUUUGGCCGAAUCGGACUGAGUGUUAUUAUUGUGUGCUUUGUGGGUUGGAAACUGGUCUCUUUGUUGACCAGGAACCUGGAGUAUCGAUUUAAUGUGCCAAUGGUAAGGUAAAUAUCAUGAAUCAUGAACAAAACGACAAAAACUUUGCCAACUUUUGUUUUAAAAAGAGCAUAGGUUAAAUAUUUUUUAUAAUAAACAAAAUUUUAAUCAAUAAACCACAAGUACUUAAGGGAAUACUUUAACUAAACUCAUUUUAGGUUUAAUUUUAUAUUUAUAGAAUCAAACUGGGCGAA